GAGAAAAUGGCAGCCGAGGAGGUGGGAGACAUCGUAUCGCUUCUCUCCACCGACGAGAGGAACUUCCUCAUCCGGAAUAAUGGCGACAAGGUGGCUAUUGGUAGUCUCGAAGGGAAAAUUAUUGCUUUGUACUUCACACGCUUUUCACUGUGCAAUCUCUUCACUCUUAGGCUGAUUGAAGUGUAUAAUGAGCUCUCCUCCCAGGACAGUAACUUUGAAAUUAUUUUUGUGUCUAAAGAUUCUUAUGAGGAAUUCUUUGAUGAGUGCUUCUCAAAAAUGCCAUGGUUAGCAAUCCCAUUUUCUGACAGUUGGAUGAGGAUAAAACUUGAAAAUAUUUUCCUGGUCAUGGCCUUUGAUCCCGAACUUAUCAUCCUUGAAGCCAAUGGGAAGGUUCUUAAUAGAGAAGGUGUUCAAGCUGUAAGAGAAUAUGGUACCGAGGGUUUUCCAUUUACUAUCGAAAAGAUGAGUAAACUGAUAGAGGAAACAGAGAAUGCUAAGAAGGAUCAAAUUCUUCGAAGUGUCUUAGUUUCACCUUCCCGUGACUACUUGAUUGCAAACGAUAGAUCUAAGGUUUCUGUUUCAAAUCUCGAAGGAAAAAUAGUGGCUUUGUACUUCUCAUGCAAUGAUUGUUGCGCUGAGUACACUCUAGUACUUACAAAAAUCUAUAGGAAGCUCAAAGAAAUUGGAGAGAGCUUUGAGGUUGUGCUAGUGCCCUUGCAUGACGAGGAAUCCUGUUAUGAUAAAGCCGUAGAAAACAUGCCCUGGCUUGCAUUUCCUUUCAAUGACAAAAGAUGUGAUAAGCUUUCUUGCUAUUUUGGUCUCCAGUUAUAUAUAUGUUCCACUGUCAUCUUGAUUGGAUCAGAUGGGAAAACUAUUGAUGUUGAUUUAAUUGAACUUAUUAAAGAGUAUGGACUUGAUGCAUGGGAAGCUUUCCCGUUUUCUCAGGAGAAGAUGCAUGAGUUUUCAGAGAAAGAAAAGGCCAAACUUGAGUCGCAGACACUCGAGUCACUUCUGGUUUCGGGUGAUCAGGACUAUGUCAUUGGAAAAAAAGGAUUGAAGGUUCCAGUAAAAGAGCUUGUUGGAAAGACCAUACUCCUGCAAUUCACAUAUAAUUGGUGUGGUGUCUAUGUCAAUGAACUGAUCGAAGAGUAUCACAAGAUCAAGAAUGUGGAUACUGAUUUUGAGGUUAUCUUCGUCCCCGGCAAAUAUGAUGACGAUGAGAAUUUAUUUAAUGAAUUCUUCUCAGACAUACCAUGGUUGGCGCUACCUUUUGAUUAUGAGAGGAGUGAAUUUUUGAAUCGUAGAUUCGAAAUCCAUGGCAUACCUUCCCUGCUGGUUGCUAUAGGUCCUACAGGACGAACAAUUACCAAUGAAGUCUGGAAGUUGUUGAUGAUACAUGGAGCUGAUGCUUACCCAUUCACUGAGGAGAAACUCAAAGAGUUGGAGCAUCGAAAUAAGGAAAUGCCAAAGAGGUGGCCUAAGAAGAUAAGAAGGCAUGACCUCCAUAACCCCCAGGAUCCUGGCGACCAUUAUCUCUUCCUUAUCCGUUGUUGCUCGACUUAUUGCUGUGAUCGUUGUGGAGAGCGCGGAGAUAGUUGGUCCUACUGUUGCAUCGAAUGCGAUUUUGAUCUGCACCCAAAAUGUGCACUAUGGUGUUUGUGAAGUGAGGAAGAAUAUAUGUGUGUGUUGUGAAGAAAAGCAUAACCUUAUUUGCCUUGUUCUUUUUAUAAUAAGUUGGCUAGCUUUGAACCCAUUAAACCUUUGAUUUUAGACUAUUUCCUCAAAGUUUAUCUACUGUGUGGAUGGAUGAUGAAAAUACAAUUUGUGUGAUCCAUCCUUUAGUUUGUAAAGUGCGGA